GCGAGGGCUCACAUGUGCGCCAGUUAAUAAAAAGUUGCUGCGAUACGCGACUCGCCACCGCAUUCAAUGUUUCCAGCGAGUGAGUACUUCAGGAGCCUAAGUGCUGCUCAUCAGCAGCGCUACAGUGAGAAGCUGCUUAUUUAUGGAGUGCAGUGCCCUGAUCCAUACGGAAUACCAUCCAACGAGUGGGUUCACGACGCCGAGGCCAAACGACUGUGCCCACCGGUGAAAAUGACAAACGUGGUGAUUUACUUGCUGUUUUCGCCUAGUCAAUUCACACCCGAAAGCGUCGAGAACUAUAAGUCUCUACAAGCGUACAACUAUUUUGAAUCAGGGCUGGUCAGAAAAUGCCGCAUUUGGAAGACAAAUACAAACAAAAUUUGCAUUGUACGUGCUGAAGUCAUGCCAUCACAAACUGCAUCGGCCAAUGGCCACGAUGUGUGGCUGUGUAUUGACAAAUUGUCUGGACAGGUGCUGGCUGGUCACUGCCAGUGCAAAGCAGGGCUGGGUGAGGUGUGCAGCCAUGUUGCUGCCACACUUUUUGCCCUUGAAUCAGCUGCACGCUCCCAGACAGACUUGUCCUGCACGUCUCGGCCAUGUGCUUGGAGAAAGGCCACCUCCAAAAAAGCAACCAUGGCUGCUCUGGAUGAGCUUAAUCUGAGCAGGCCAGGGAAAAAGGCACGUAGGCUGGCGCCGGAACCGAAGAAUACGUCACAGCCUUUCAACCCGAAUGACCAGGAAAUAUUUGAGAAGCUAAGGCGCGCAGGUGCAAGUGCUGUAGUGUUGCGAAGCAUCCCAAAAGUGGACCCAGAGGACACGGAUUCGGCUUCUGAGGAUGAGGAAAUGUACACAUUUUUAAGGUAGGAAAAUGGGCGUUUGUGCAUAGGGCAUGUUCACAAAACAAGAUUUUUUUUUCUUUUGGUAAUUAACUGUGCUGAACAGCAAACACCCCCCCCCCCCCUGCUCCCAAAGGGAAACAAACCAACUUUGUAAACACUACCACAAACAAGACUGCAGGAACCCAUUUUUACGUGGGUGGAGGAAAUAAUUUUGUUAUGGUAGUGCAAGUGACGUCUCAGUUAUCAACCUCACUCCACUUAUAUUCAUCUCUUGUACGUGCAUUAUUACUCUGUUCUGUCUGCAGUUUCUAAACGCACAUACAAACUCGAAAUUGAACUAGUCCUCACAUGGAGGUGUUUUUUACAAGUCUGUUCACUGUGCGAGGAAAGGCACAUCAAGAAAGCAUGUUUGCCAUUUAGUAGCUGGGUAGUAUGAGAAAUAUUUCAAGUACAAAAAAUUUGAGGCUGACAGACAACGCGUCUUGUAAGAAGAGCCAUGCAGUGUUUCACAUGCAGCUGUACAUGAUGUACUCUAGCCUCUUUCGUCAACUCAUUCAGGAAUGCUAAGAAAUCCAGGAGCACGAAGGAGGGAUUUCUCGAAGACAUGUUUGUACCCUUAAACGAAAUCGAAAGAAUCGAGAAGUGCACAAGGGUGUCUUCGAAAUCUCCCUUGUGGUAUGAGGCCAGAUAUGGAAGGCUCACUGGAACCACAAUGCAUAGGGUAAGUAUGUGUAUUCGGGAGAUAUGUCUCGACUCUUCUGUGUACUGUAUGGAAAAACAUUGCACUAAAAACAUGAGGACAGGAAGGAAAAGUUCCCUUCUUGUCCUUGCGUUUUUGCUCAGCAUUUUUUCAUUCAAUAUGCUACACCAACUAGCCUAUGUAAAGCUCCUACUGCUUUUGUGUAAUUUUGCCUAUUCACGUGGAGAGGUUUAUUUUUAUCCAGGUGAGAACUUUCAAGGACACGACAAAUGUUCAAGGUUUCCUGGACAGUAUCCUACAGCGACGGCCCCCUCUAAAUGUUCAAUCCAUCAAGUGGGGUCAGGAUCAUGAGCGGACAGCCAAAGAACACUACCUGGGGUUUAUGAAGUCGCAGCACCAGGACUUUGAGCUGCAUGACAUUGGCUUUGUGAUUGACCGUCAUGUAUGAUCCUAAUUUUCAUUCAAAAUUUGCAGGAUUCUGCGAAUAUUAACUCGUCAAAUAAUGGACGAAGCGUUGUCCUAUUUGAUUUAGUCUCUAAAAUGAGUAUGUACUUAUGAGAAACUUGCGAAUGAUUUUACUUCAAAUCUUCAACAUUGCGUCAAAAACACAACUCAAGCACAAAUAAGAUAAAUUAGGUCUCGGCAUUUGUAAACAUAGUUUAGUAGCGUGUGCGAUGUUCCUUUCUUGCAAUCAAAUUCCUAGGAAGUAUGGUCUGUCACAUACAACGCCAGAAGGCUAGAGACAGCAAGCAGCUUGAUAAGUCACGGCUCACAAGUGUGCCAGUGUUGUUACUCUGACGCCGCUGAUGUGUUUCUUAAAUAUAGUCAGUUAUAAUGUUCUCAACCAAAUUCGCUACUAUCUUGCCAGCUUUCCUGUGACUGCAUGAGUAUUAACCCAGAUACCACAGAUUGUAAUUGCACGUUGGGUGUCAUGGCCCCUUUAAUGGGGACAAACAUAUUCAUCAUUUAUAAAAGCUGUUAACCAUUUCUAGGUGCAUUAAAUACAUGUCUAAUGUCACAAUCUAUAAUUAGCACAGCUAUAACAAAAUGCUGGUAAACUAAGUGUGGUUGUUACAUUUUAACGAGGCUGUAGAAGAAACCAAGCUUUAACCGACACAUUUUACUGUAUCUACACGUUUGCUGCUAAUCAUGCAAACCUAUCUCCACAAAUGACUUUUUCCAUUGUACGUGGUACUGCUCCACGGCUGAUUUACUCUUCCCUUCAGGCACCCUUCCUCGGCGCGACCCCCGACGGGCUGUGGAAUUGCAGCUGCCAUGGUGUUGGCCUUCUCGAGGUCAAGUGCCCUUGGUCCCUAAGGGAGCCUCAUCACAAGGCCCUGGAAGCUCCUUUUCUGACUGCUGCUGGCCGCCUUUCGGAGCAGCACACCUACUACACACAGAUUCAAACACAACUGCAUGUGUGCAGAAAGGAGACGUGCCAUUUGAUUGUUUGGCUGCCUCAUCAAUUUGCAGUGAUAGAAGUGCGUUACAGCCCCACCUUCUUCAAGCCCCUUUUGCAAAAAGGUCGUCAAGUAUGGCUGAAGCAUGUGCUUCCAGCUCUUUUUUGAGCAGAUACUGGCAAAGGACCUGGCCAUUGUCAGACUAUGACUCUUUGUGCCAAAGUAAGGGGACCCUGCACCCCAAGGUAAGCGUGUUGGUUUUAUCAGCUGUUUGCUUGCUAUGGUUCUUCAUGACUGUUGUGGCACCAGUCAUGUGUCACGUCUCAUAUUCAUAUUUGAUGUUAUUUCCAGGGUGUGUUUAUGCAUCCAACUGCUGCAUCGUACAUCAAUUUACGUUGCUGGAGGAUUUUUAGGGCAGAAGAAAUUGAUGUACGACACCGCAGUUGGAGCAAAAACUCGUCAAAAAGAAACUAAAGUAUAAAACUCUUUGCUUCCUGCCUUCACUGGUGCCAAAGCAGUCGUCAGGACCAUAGCAAGCAAACAGCAGAUAAAAAUAGCACGCGUAACUUGGUUUGCACGGUCCCUUUAAAGGGACCCUCACCAGGCUUGACCACUUUGAGCUGAUGAGCACAAGUGCACACAAUGGAUGCUCAUGAUCACGCCUGCCAGAUUUUGCAAUGCUACGUGCCGCAGAGAGAGGUCAAAUUUCAGACUGAACACCGCUUUCCCUUGUUCUUGCGGGCGCGCACCCCAGGGUGGAAG